CGCUCCCUCCGCGGGUUUCCAUCGCGCAUGUUUGUGCGUGCCUCGUGAUGUAAUACGGUUACACAUUGAUUUAAGUGUAAGUGCAGCAGCAUGCUCGAGUAAGUAGCUAUUUGCAUAUGGAUUUUCUUUUUCUUUUUUUUAUAAAAAAAAAAAUCAAUCAUCUGUUUUCAUUCGGAGGUGAAGCCGAUUUCAGCACCGGAGCUGUCCGAAACUGACGGAUGCUGCGGCCGCGUGAACCGACGAUGCUGAGCUGACUCUCUCUCUCUCUCUCUCUCUCUCUCUCUCUCUCUCUCUCUCUCUCUCUCUCUCUCUCUCUCUCUCUCUCUCUCUCUCUCUCUCUCUCCUCUUCUGUCCCUCCUCGCUCCUCUCUCCUCCACACGCACAAAACGCUCUGUCAUGGCGUCUUCCAACAAUGUUACCCCCACCAACUGUAGCUGGUGGCCCAUCUCAGCCAUGGACGAAGACGGCAAAAUCACAGACGGGGAGCAGUGCGAAGAACCGACGGCAGAUCCCAAACCCUUCAGUAAAGACAGGCUCGUUUUGUACCACUGGACGCAGUCUUUCACCUCCCAAAAGGUCCGUCUCGUCAUCAAUGAGAAGGGUCUGGUGUGCGAGGAGAGGGAUGUGAGCAUGCCGCUGCAGGAGCACAAGGAGCCCUGGUUCAUGAGGCUGAACCUGGGUGAGGAGGUGCCCGUCUUCCUCCACGGCGACACCAUCAUCAGUGACUACAACCAGAUUAUAGAUUACCUGGAGAAAAACUUUGUGGGAGACGCGGUGGCUCAGCUGGUUCCUGAUGCGGAUUCGCCUCUCCACGGUCGAGUGCAGCAGUACCGUCAGCUACUGGAUGGUCUGCCCAUGGACGCUUACACACACGGCUGCAUCCUCCAUCCGGAGCUCACCACCGAUUCUAUGAUCCCAAAGUACGCCACCGCAGAAAUACGUAGACACCUGGCCAACGCUGCGACAGAGCUGAUGAAGUUGGACCAUGAGGAUCCUCAGCUGACAGAACCGUACCUGUCAAAGCAGAAGAAGCUCAUGGCAAAAAUCUUGGACCAUGAUAAUGUGAACUACCUGAAGAAAAUUCUGGGGGAGUUAGCCAUGGUUCUAGAUCAAGUGGAGGCUGAGCUGGAGAAAAGAAAACUAGAGUAUCAAGGUCAAAAGUGUGAGUUGUGGCUAUGUGGACCUGAAUUUACACUAGCUGACGUCUGCCUCGGAGCCUUGUUGCACAGGCUCAAGUUCUUGGGACUUUCUAAGAAAUACUGGGAGGACGGCAGCCGACCCAACCUGCAGUCCUUUUUUGUGCGUGUGCAAAAACGCUACGCUUUCCGCAGGGUCUUGGGCGACAUCCACACGACCCUUCUGUCGGCGGUCCUACCCAACGCCUUCCGGAUGGUAAAAAAGAAGCCACCGUCCUUCUUCGGGGCCUCUUUUCUCAUGGGCUCGCUGGGAGGGAUGGGCUACUUUGCCUACUGGUAUUUAAAAAAGAAAUACAUGUAGUGAAUGCCGUCUUGUUGUGUUAAAUGUCUGUGUAUUUGUGUGAUGUUUCAACUUUUCUGUAAUGUUUUAUGACUGCAGGAAAACAUAAUGAAUCUAUAUAGAGAACACUAUUACUUACCUGGGUGAACAAAGAAUAUUAAAACAUUCCAUGAUAAGAAAUUCUUGACAGCACAUUUUCUGGUAAUCAACGCCUUCAUCGAGUUUAAUUUCUGGCAACUUGCGGCCGGCAAGUCCUUGUUUAACUUUUUGUUGGAGGCAUGCAUCGGGUCUUCUUGUGCAGAAAACUCAAAGAAGAAGAAGCCCAGGCAAAAUGUUAAAUACACUACCACCAAACGGGUUAACUGACCUUCGCAUGCCACUAUUAUAGUCAUAUCUCAUAGCUGCUCUUCACUCCUACACCAGCCUGAGGUUUAAACCAGUAAAAACCACAGGAAAAUGUUCAGUGACAAAUGACUUUGACAAAUGACAGUGACUUUCUGAUAAGUGCUGUGCUGCCAGAAACUGCCAGAAGAAAUGAUAAAUGGAUGAAGGCAAAGUUCAAGGGAGUAGCUCGACAUUUUUUGGGGAAACUCGCUUAUUUACCGUCUCACCGGGACUUAGAUCGAUACCACUCUCGCAUCUGUCUGUUAAAUAUGACGCUACAGCCAGGAGACGGCUAGCUUAGCUUAGCGUAAAGACUGCGACAGGGGGAAACAGCUAGCCUUCUGAACAAAAAUAAUCCCAUUAAUCUUUGACAAAAUGUGAAGUACUCUGUCUGUAUGUUAAUUUUUAAGCUAGAGCUAGCAGCCUAAGCUUAGCUUAGUAUUAAUACUGGAAACAAGGGCUAACAGCAAGCCCCAGUUUGACCCAAGUAUUUCCAGUCAUAUUCAUGCUCAAAGACUCUUUUAAAACCCUCUGGAUGAAAAAUAUUUCAUCUGUUUUCCAAGAUGUGACUGUAUUUUCUAAUCCAGAUAGCCAAAAAUGAGAAUAAACAUUAUUUAUUUUAGAUUCCGGCUAGUUUGCUUUAGCAAAAUGAGGUGCAACUUGGAAAGCCGGUUAAACAUGUAUUUUUUUUGUAUUGGGCAGCAAACUUUCUUUUUUCCAGAGGGUUAGAAGAGUCUUUGAUUAUUUAUGAAAUAUCUUGGGAACAGCAAUAAGUGUUAUUAAAUGAUCAUCAGUU